AUGGCGUCGACUUACCAACAUGGCAGCCCAGGCUUCUCUCCGAACUAUUCUCCAUGCAACUCAUAUCAAUCAACGGGACAAUGGGAAGCAUCUCCCAGCCCUCAGUAUCAACAGCAUUUCCCAGGUAGGCCACUUUCUGGCCGGCCACCCAGCAAGACUUCUCUCCAACCACUGAUACACGACUAUGGACCAACUCCACCAUACCUCAAUCCACCACCGUCAGGUUUCUCCCGCCUCAUGAUCUUCUGCUAUGAUUGGUGGCUCUGCAUUCUCAGUAUCCUGGUCAGCGUCGUUUCCAUUGCGAUCAUAGCAAUUCUCCUCUUCUUAAUCAACAAUCGCACCAUUCCCACCUUGCCCCUCAAUAUAGCACUCAAUACCUACAUUUCAUUCUUUGCCACAAUCUCCAAGGCUUCCAUGAUUUUCGCCUCCGCAGAAUCCAUCUCGCAGCUUAAAUGGCUGUGGUUCCAGAAGCCGAGGAAUUUGCACGAUAUCGAAAUCUUCGACGAUGCAAGCCGGGGACCGAUGGGUGCGCUGAGAUUGGUGUUCAAGAUGAGGGCGAGGAGGUUAGCUGCGAUUGGUGGCGCGGUGACGGUUUUGAGUAUCGUUAUGGAGCCUUUUACGCAGCAGGUUGUGGCGUAUCGGCAGAGGGAGGUGGUUUCUGGAACAGCGAGGGUGGGAAAAGCUCUGGCUUAUGAUGCUGGUCUUUCUCUUGAUACUUUGGGAAGUGGACUACUUAUUGGUCCAGAAUGGGGAAUGAAAGCAGCUAUUUAUGACGGUAUUUUCACCCCCGAGAAGGUCCAAGACCUCGUCCCCAUCUGUUCAUCUGGAAACUGCACCUUUCAACCCUUUGAUUCUUUGGCUUUCUGCAGUAAAUGCCUAGAUGUUUCGCAGAAUGUCCUAAUCAACAAUCCACCGGCAUACCCCGACGACCUUACAGGAACCCAGCAGAUCAGCUACACGAUCCCAGGGGGUGGCAUUGUGGGAUUCUCUGCUCUAUUCGAAGAAGGCAACCUAGUCAAGGGUCCUGCUUUCGUCUCAACUUCCGUGCUACCAGAAGACCUUCCAAAACAGGUUCUGAAUAUCCAGAAUCCGCUUUUGGCACUUGCAAUCUUGCAGUUUCCGCAUGUACGGCAACGCAUCGAGGAUGGGAAUUAUUUCAGCUCGCUUCCAGUCACGCAUGAAUGUGCAUUAUACGUCUGUGUAAACACAUACAAUGUAUCUGUCACCAAUGGCAAGGCAAACACAACCGUAUUGUCAAGCUGGACAAGUGAUACCGGAACACCAACGGUGGGGGCAGCGUUAGUUGGUAUGGACGGUACUCCUGACGCCGUGCUGGACCCGUCAGAUGAAUACAGUGAGAGCAAUAAUACAUAUAGGAUCCCAGCUGGCAGUCUAGCCAAUCUGAAAACAUGGCUGAACGUCUCUAUGCAAGGCUCGAUGAAUACCAGCUUCAGCAAAGUCGACCGAACCCAAUGGGUCAACGACGACAUCCAAGCCCUGAACAAGACUACUGACUGGUCAUUCCUCAUGAACGCUCUCGCCAAAGCUAUGACAGCUCAUAUCCGCAACUCAGGGAACCCUGAUGCCGUGAGCGAGGUGGAAGGUGUUGCGUAUCAAAAUGAGACAUAUGUCCAUGUCCAGUGGGUUUGGUUGGCUUUGCCGGCUGGUUUGGUAGCGACGUCGACGUUGUUUUUGUGUGCUACUAUGCUUAAGAGCAAGAAGAAGAGCGCGCUGGCAUGGAAGUCUAGUAGUCUGGCUUUAUUGUUUCAUGGCUUGGAUGGAGUGGGUGCUGGUACUGGGGAGGGCUUGAAAGAAAUGAAGGCUGUUGCGAGAAAGACGCGAGUGAUUUUGUCGAGAGGGGAGGAUGGGGAAUGGAGGUUGGUGAAUACCGGAUAA